AUGGGGAAGAAAAAGAAGCAAAUAGGGGAAACAAGUGAAGAGAAUGGGAAUCAUAGAACGAUUGAGGAUAAAAGUUCAAAUGUGUAUGAUAAGGAUACUUUUGUGUUUAUAUCCAUGGCUCAAGAGUUGAAGGAAGAAGGCAACAAGAUGUUUCAGAAGAGAGAUCUGCAGGGUGCUAUGGUAAAGUAUGAGAAAGCGCUCAAGUUGCUUCCGAGUAAUCAUAUAGAUGUGUCGUAUGUGCGUAGCAAUAUGGCUGCGUGUUAUAUGCAGAUGGGACUUGGCGAGUACCCUAGGGCAAUUAAUGAAUGCAAUUUGGCUCUUGAGGUUACUCCGAAAUAUAGUAAAGCUUUGUUGAAGAGGGCGAGGUGUUAUGAGGCUUUGAAUAGACUUGAUUUGGCGUUGAGAGAUGUUAGUGCUGUUUUGGUGAUGGAGCCGAAUAAUAUCAUGGCGGUGGAGAUCUCGGAUAAGGUGAAAAGUGCGCUUGAAGAUAGAGGACUAAGAGUAAAUGAUGCGCAAAUUGAGUUGCCUCCAGAUUAUGUUGAACCUUCUUUUGGUGUCUCUUCUAAAAAGGUAGUGAAAGAAAAGAAACACAAGAAGAAGAGCAAAAAAGAGAAGGUGACAGCUUCCAAUGAAAUCGUAGAAAAUCAAUCUGAGGAGAAACUUGAGGUAGUGAAAGAAAAGAAAAACAAGAAGAAGAGCAAAAAAGAGAAGGCGACGGCUUCCAAUGAUCUCGUAGAAGAAAAUCAAGCUGAGGAAAAACUUGAAGAGAAGAAAGAUGAGGACAGCAUUGCAGCACAUGAGACUGACGAGGGUAGUAAAUCUAAAAAGAAGGCAGACAAGGAAAAGAUUGAUAAGCUGAAAGAUGAUGUUAAGGAGCUCAAUGAAGAAAAAAGUAAUGGUAUAAACGAAGCUGUACCUAAGAAAACAGUGAAACUUGUUUUUGGCGAUGAUAUAAGAUGGGCUCAAUUGCCAGCUAAUUGCAGCCUCUUUCAGCUAAGAGAAGUUGUUUGUGACCGGUUCCCAGGCCUAGGAGCAGUUCUUGUCAAAUAUAGGGAUCUAGAAGGUGAUUUGAUCACAAUCACUUGUGAUGAAGAACUGAUGUUGGCUGAAACAGGAUCACAGGGUUCCAUUCGACUGUAUAUAGUAGAAGCUAAUCCUAAUCACGACCCAUUCUACGACAAACUUCACGUGAAGGAUGUUGAAAUUGAUAAUGCUCCUAAGAAUGGCUGUAUGGUAAAAUCAAACAAAAUUAUUAGCCCGUCUUGUGUUGAAGAUUGGAUCAUUCAAUUUGCACAACUGUUCAAGAAUCAUGUUGGAUUUGAAUCUGACAGAUACUUAGAUUUUCAUGAACUUGGGAUGAAGCUCUAUUCAGAGGCUGUGGAGGAGACGGUUACAAGCGAAGAAGCGCAAGGCCUAUUUGACAUGGCAGGAGGUAAAUUCCAAGAGAUGACGGCUCUAGCACUAUUCAAUUGGGGAAAUGUUCACAUGUCCAGGGCAAGGAAGAAAGUGUAUUUAACUGAAGAUUCUUCUAAAGAGCAUAUGUAUGAACAAAUCAAAAGUUCAUAUGAAUGGGUGCAAAAAGAAUAUGCCAAAGCUGGAGAAAAAUUUGAUGCAGCCAUUAAAAUAAAGUCAGAUUUUUAUGAAGGCUUCCUUGCUCUAGGUCAGCAGCGGUUCGAGCAAGCAAAACUUUCCUGGUAUUAUGCACUCAGUAGUAAUGUAGAUUUAGCAACAUGGCCCUCCACAGAGGUUCUUCAUCUUUACAACAGUGCUGAGGAGAAUAUGGAGAAAGGAAUGCUGAUGUGGGAAGAAUCGCAAGAGCAGGAAACGAGUGAAACCUCCAAUAUUGAAUUGAACGGGCUAUUUAGAAAUAUGUCAUCAGAUGAAACUGCUGCACUGGCCGCAAACAUGAGGUCUCAGAUAAAUCUCUUGUGGGGUACGAUGCUAUACGAGCGGUCGAUUGUAGAAUUCAAAUUAGGGCUACCUAUAUGGCAUGAAUCUUUGGAAGUUGCAAUCGAGAAAUUUGAACAUGCAGGAGCUUCUCCAACAGAUACAGCUGUAAUGUUGAAAAACCAUUGCUCAAAUAACACUGCCGUAGAUGGUCUAGGUUUCAAAAUUGAUGAAAUAGUUCAGGCAUGGAAUGAGAUGUAUGAAGCUAAAAAGUUGCAGAAAGGAGUUUCGUCCUUUCGCUUGGAAGCCAUGUUCAGAAGACGAGCGUCAAAAAUUUACCAUGCCUUUGAGCUUGUAUGA